CAAAUGCAAACAUUUCUAAACGGAGUCAAAGCACUUUUGUUAAACUUUCCAGGAACCACUUUAGUAUCUGGGUCACUAUGCUCUCUUGUAAUCUUGCUUUAUUUAUUACAAACUAUCACAAAAACCGAUAGUUUCUUUUAUUGUGUUUCUCUAGAGCAGGUUUUCUUUUCAUACCGAGUUUAUUUGUUAUUUAUUGCACCACUCCUUCACUCUAGUUUUUGGCACUUGUUGUUUAAUGUUAUCGCUUUGUUGGGAAUCGGUCCUGUUGUUGAAAGUCGUAAGGGAUCUACAUUGUAUGGGCUUCUUUGUCUUCUUCUGUUGCUGGUUUCGGAAAGUUUGUUUCUAAUUUUUGAGCUGUUGAUAUAUCUGCAAAGUCGAUAUUUAUUUUUCUUUCCUAUUUCCCAGUCUUGUGUUGUUGGUUUUUCGGGUUUAUUAUUUGCACUAUUCGUUAUAGAUUGUAUUCAAGUUUCCGUGAGAACUGUACAGCUAUUUGGCAGGAUACCUGUUCGCUCUAAUUGGAUUCCGUGGAUAUUUCUUUUGCUCAUUCAAGCUAUUUUACCUGGAGUUUCCUUUUUAGGUCACCUUUCAGGUAUUUUUGCAGGUUACAUAUAUAUUCUUGGAGGGUUUGAUUGGAUUCUUCCUUCUUGUGAAAGACUUCAUCAAUGUGAUGAUCGAAUCUGGUUUGCAAAUCUGAACAGCUUCGUUUUACAUAAUGAUAUUUGUUGUUCAGCUGCUCAACCAAGUGGGCGUGUGUCCAACUUUUUUUCAUAUCAAUCUUUGUGUCCUUCCAAUAUUCGAAAUUGGUUUUCUUGGAAAACUGAUUCAUCUGAAGAUAUUCGUUUCCCUGGUAAAGGCCAUCGUCUGGGGGAUGACUCCUCUGUUCGAUUAAUAUCUGCACAAGUAACUGAACAAAAGUUAUCAGGAAAGGAAUCAGGCAUGAAAGAUGUUGAUGAAAGAACAGUGUUAGCCAAAACAGAAGGUUAUGGCAGUGCAUGCAGUGAGAAAUGGCAUGAUUAGUUGAUGAUUGUUUUGUUGUUCA